AUGCCCAGACCAAAAGGUAACAAGAACGAGGCCUCUGCUAAAGCCUCGGACUCGGCUGCAACCACGUACACAAACGAGGAACCGUCAGACGAGGAGAGCCCAGAGACUCCAAGUUUAUCUGCUCUCAUGACCGCCAUUGCAAACAGUGAAGGUAGGAUUCUGGCCCGGAUAGACUCCAGUACAGCUGACUUGAACACUAAGAUAGACGCGCUUCGCGAAGACGUGGCGAGUCAAGAGACUCGCCUGGGAGAGUUGGAGUCUGGCCUGAAUACAUACGCGGACAAGACAGCUACCACUGAAAACGAAGUGAACAGGCUAAAAGCGGAGGUCACAACACUUCGCCAGAGAGUAGAGGAAAUUGACGGGGGGGCAGCGCCGAUACUGUGCACGUCUGCAUAUCGCGGUGCCCGACGUGCUAACGAGGGGGGCCCUCCCAGAGUCAUCGUGGUCAGAUUCCAUUACCUACGGGAACGGGAUGAGGUCUUCCGUGCAGCAGCCCGCGCGGCGCCGCUGACCUUACGCGACAAGAGAGUGAGCAUGUUUCCAGACUACACGGUGACGGUGGCGAAGAAAAGAGCGGCUUUUGCCGAAGCUAAACGUCUACUCCGGAGCUGCCGGGAUGUCAAGUUUGGUGUCCGGUUCCCCGCGACCCUCCGUAUUACUGACACGUCUGGAUUUUCUCCCUCUCUCUCUCUCUCACUGAGCCCACAGCAACGGGGCUCCCAGGAGGUGAAGUACUUCCAGUUUCCUGGUGAGCUGCUGAUGAGGAUGCUGAAGAUGUUGAUUCUCCCGCUCGUCGUCUCCAGUUUGAUGUCAGGCCUGGCAGCCCUCGACGCCAAGUGUUCCAGUCGGCUCGGUCUGAUCACGGUGUCUUACUACCUGUGGACCACGUUUGUGGCUGUGGUGGUGGGAAUCAUCAUGGUCUCCAUUAUCCACCCAGGAGGGGCAGCCCAGAAAGAGGACUCUGAGGACAGCGGCAAGCCGAUCAUGAGUUCUGCUGACGCUCUGCUGGACCUCAUCCGCAACAUGUUCCCGUCUAAUCUGGUCCAGGCCACAUUUCAACAGUAUCGAACAAGUAGCGAGUACAUUGUGAAACCCAAGCCCACGGUGAGUCAGGCCCAAUCAGAAUCGACCACACGGCGAGCUCUCAUCUACGGUAUCCAGGACGAUAAUGGAACCGACAUCCAGAACUUUGCCCUCGACCUGACUCCACCACCUGAUGUGCUCAUUCGCAUUCGGGAAGGAACAAGCGAUGGAAUGAAUGUCCUGGGAAUUGUUAUAUUUUCUGCCACAAUGGGUAUUAUGUUGGGAAGGAUGGGGCCCAAUGGAAGCGCUUUGGUCAACUUCUGCCAGAGUCUGAACGAGGCUGUGCUCAGAAUCGUUGCCAUAGUUAUAUGGUACUUCCCGUUUGGCAUUGUGUUCCUGGUGGCUGGUAAGAUCCUGGAGAUGAGUGAUCCGUCAGCCAUGGGGAAGAAGCUGGGUUUCUAUGCCGUCACAGUUGUGUUUGGUUUGGUUUUGCACGGCUUGUUCAUCCUGCCUGCCAUGUACUUCUUCAUCACCAAGAAGAGCCCCAUUGUUUACAUACGGGGAAUCCUCCAAGCUCUGCUCAUCGCCCUAGCAACCUCUUCCAGCUCUGCCACGUUGCCUAUAACCUUCAAGUGCCUCUUAGAGAACAACCACAUUGACCGCCGCAUCAUCCGUUUUGUGCUCCCUGUGGGCGCCACCAUCAACAUGGACGGCACCGCUCUCUAUGAGGCCGUGGCAGCAAUAUUCAUCGCACAAGUUAACAAUUAUGAGCUGGACUUUGGCCAGAUCAUCACCAUCAGCAUCACAGCCACUGCAGCCAGUAUCGGUGCAGCAGGCAUUCCACAAGCUGGACUGGUCACCAUGGUGAUAGUGCUAACAUCCGUCGGGUUGCCAACUGAUGACAUCACCCUCAUCAUUGCAGUAGAUUGGGCAUUAGACAGAUUCCGCACCAUGGUAAAUGUAAUGGGGGAUGCUUUGGCCACAGGCAUCAUGGCACACAUCUGCAGGAAAGACUUCAUGAAAGAGGGAGAUGGGGUGCCUUUAAUCUGUGAACCCAAACCCGUUUUGGCCACCCCACCUCUGAUGAACUGCCACAACAACAACGGCAAUUACCGGCCGCCUUCUUCAGGGGGUAAACACGAGCUGGUCCCCUCCGACGUGGCUCGGCUGAUUCAGCUGGAGGAGGGCGUCCGGCCGUCCACGGAGAGGAAGAAGCCUCCGAUUCCCCCGAGGCACCUGAAGAAGAGCAAAGAACACUGCGCCAUUGACAUGAAUGGCCUUGAGACCAACGUAUAGCCUCCUCCUGGGAGGCUAUCUCCUGUGUAGAUGUGCUGAUCAGAACCUCAGAGCAUAGGACAGCACGGCACGGCUCUUCUUCAUCUCUCAUGUCAUUGUCAGGGCAGAAAUCGUUAGUGGCAACACGUCCUGAAAACGAAGAGGAAAAGCCUCGUAGUGGGGAAACAAGGAUCACACUGACACUGGAAUUUAUGACACCAAAAAGGACAACGGUUUGAUUUUAUUCAUAAAACUUGUCCUCGGUGUGGACCUGCAGUGUGAGCUCUCACCUAAACUCCCAGACUCUGUUUCCAGGUGUGAGUACCUGCAUUGAUGAACUGAUUUCUAUUUGAUAUCUACAUUUUAUAUUAUUUAUGAUUAUUAUUUUUUUUUGUCUGUGUGAAACAUGUUAAUAAGACAGGUGUUUAUUAUAUUUUUUACUACUGCAAGCAACAAGCUGUUUGUGUCAUAUAGGAGACAGGAUUGCAAGUGUCUGGUUGGAGCUAAAUGAUCAGGAGACAAAGUGAAACGCCCGAAUUAUGUAAUUUUGCCUUAACAAAGCUGGUGGUGCUAGGCUGACGGGAAGACAGGGCUGAAGAAGAGGAUCAGAAACUUCCCCUUGUGGUUAUGUUAAUGCUGUAAUAUGUGGGCAAAAUAUUGAUUUGUUUGAACAGCCACAGGAGCAUUUGAUUUAAUUAAACUUUCCUGGCAGUUAAACAGGCAACCACUGAAAAUGUAAUAUCAAGUGGUCCUUGUUUGUUGGUUGAGUGGAUCAAGAUCAAGAGAAAACAUUAAAACUUACUUUGGAGUUUUCUUCUGUAUAAAUUAAAGGUAUACUAUGCAGGAUUUUCCUAUAAAAACAAAACAAGACAAACAAAAGUAAUCCCUCUUAAUCACUACUUAGGACCCAUGAGAAGUGUAUGGGACUGUAUUUUUUUCUUAUUUUGCUGUGUGCACGAUGUUUCUGGGCGUGCAGUGCUAGCGUAGCCCCUAGCCAAUGAGAGUGCAGCCAAUUUGGGAUGUAAGGGUUAUUGCCAGAUGAGUUGUCCACUAUCAGGAAUUAAUUGAGGGCAUCAACAAGUUUAUAUACCAUGGUGACAUGCCUAAGAAAAAAAAAAGAACAUUCGAACAAUGUCUGGAACAAUCAUUCCCAUCACACACGCAUCACGCAUAUCCCUGCUCGCGUUUAACGACUUGUAUGUACUUACUUGUACCUGCUUUUCACAGCUUGUGGUACACAAGCGCACACUUGUGGUUGUAAAAAACGCUGCAGAUUCUGUGGAAUUAUGUCAUAAAACCACUGACCAAGGUUUAGGGAUAAAACUUCCUAGUAAGGCAUUAUAAAAGACAGUUUAAACAGUGAAUAAAUGUAUGUAAAUGCCGGAAGUGAAGUAGUUACAAGGGUCAAGUGGCCACCGCAAGUUACGUAAAAAAUGUAAGUUACAUUCUAAAACGUGAUUCACUUAACUUACGUAAACAACGUAACUAAAGUAAACAACGUAGCUUAAGUUAAAAAUCAUUUACUUUUGUUUUCAAUGUAUGUUAAUGCCGGAAGUGAAGUAGUUAAAAGGGUCAAGUGACCAUUGCAAGUUACGUAAAAAACGUAAGUUACAUUCUAAAACGUUAUUCACGCAACUUGUGUAAACAACGUAACUAAAGUAA